GCAUGGAAUUACAAUAUGUCUCGACUUCGCCCCCUCUUGGCCUGUUUCAAGCUCGUUCUCGAGGACGCCGGCCACGGGACGGACGAUGCACUACCUACUCUUGCAUGGAGCUAUCUCUGAAGGGCUAGAAUGUGUAGAGGCGUAAUAACGAGGCGAGGCGGUGAAUUUCAAGAUGCACCCCCCCCUCCCCGUGACGGUACUUUGUAUGGUGAUCUCUGCUUCUGACCGAUCCCCCCUCUUCGAACCUACCAUAGCCGACUGCCGCCCUCUUGUGAGCAUUCCGCUAUCCGAACGUCGAACUGUCCUGUCCGCGGCCAUGGACUUUCUCCCCCCUGUGCUGCACUAUUCCGGCAGUGAAGUCUCGUAUGCGUAUGGUUACAGGGGAUCUACGGUCAGGACACCGGAGAUCGACAUGUGGGCAACAUUCACAUCCACCAUUUUGCCUAACCCCGAGGAUGAUCAGGUAUCACCAGAGAAGAAGUGCACAGAGGAACGCAAGCGAACCCUUUCCACUGCCGUGAACGCCUCAAACCCCGUUCCCUGUUCCGCUAUGCCCAAAAUCCCGUGGCCCAUUCCAUCCUGUGGUAUCUGA